AACAGCUCAUUGUAGUCUGAGCAAAAAUAUAACAACCCUACAUGUAUAAUGAUUUUUCUCACUGCACGGAUUUUACUGCUGGCUAUAUUUACGCAAGCAUACGAAAAUUUAGCCCUGUUGAAACCUGCGUAUCAGGAGUAUGAAUGGCCUUCUCGACCUAUAGAUUGGGGAGCAGCCAAGGCAGUGGAUGGACAAUAUUCUGACCGUGGAGCAGCUGGGAACCAGUGUACAAUAUCAGCUGACAAAAAACAAACAGCGACGUGGAGAGUUGAUUUAGGGAGUAUAGUCAGUAUCAGUCAUAUCGAAAUCCAUUACAGGACGGACAAUAUACCAAGUCCCGGUCGUUGGUUUCAUCGAUUUGCAGGAUUUUUUCUUUACGUUUCAAACACAACGUCAAAAGACGACGGCCAUCUAUGUUUACAUGAAAUACAAACUGUAAACGGCACACCUACGGAGGACCAGAGGAUUAACUGUUCUGUUCAGGGACGAUAUGUUAUAUACUACAAUGAACGGAGACCGGAUGUGAUGUAUCCCAUUUACUAUUCAAAAUAUGCAUUUAACGAAUUGUGUGAAUUAAAAGUUUAUGGAUGUGCUAACUAUUCAUAUUAUGGUGCAAAUUGCAACAUAUCAUGUCCUGAUAAUUGCCAGGAGCGUAAGUGUGACGUCAUAACAGGUGAAUGUCUGGGAUGUGUACCUGGUUAUCAAGGUCCCCGCUGUAGUCAGACCUGUAAUGAACUUCAUUAUGGACUAGGGUGCUCUUCUUCUUGUGGGUACUGUAGAAAUGGGGACACCUGUCACCAUGUGAACGGGACAUGCCUCAAUGGAUGUAAUGAUGGUGUGGAGGGGGAUAAGUGUCAGAAUGCCUGCCAACCUGGUUAUUACGGACGUGAUUGUAGACAUGUAUGCAGCGAGAACUGUGGAGUGACCAAUCAAUGUAACAGAUUCACAGGGAAGUGUGACGGAGGAUGCAGAAUGGGGUGGAAGGGGGUUCGAUGUGAUGAAAAAUGUGAUGGUGGUAUGUAUGGUGUUGACUGCAAUCGAAGAUGUGGCCAUUGCCUUAACGAUACACAGUGUCACCAUAUCAAUGGUACAUGUUUAGAAGGGUGCGCCCCUGGAUACGAGGGAUUGCUCUGUAUGAAUGGAUGUCCAGAUGGAUCAUUUGGCAGUAAUUGUCACAGCAACUGUAAGGUGUAUUGCGGUGGAAACGAAACCUGUGACCCGGUCACUGGGAUAUGUCACAGCGGGUGUAAGGAAGGGUGGAUUGGACCUCUUUGUAGCCAAGCACCAGAAGACACCUCAACCAUCACUGAUGCAUGUGACAACACCUUGACCAUAGCGAGCCUAGUUGCUGCGUUUAGCAUUGUUGCCAUUGGAAGUGCCAUAAACAUUAUUUUCUGGAAGAGGAGUCAAACAAAGAAUACGGAAAAAAGACAAAAUGUUCAUCAGAAAAAACAAACCUUAGAUGACAAUUAUGCAGGGAAUCUUAACAGCGAAGAUACGUUUGACUCCCAGUAUGCGGAGCUUGAAGACGUAAGCAAAGAAAAUACCUACGAAAGAAUUCAUCAAAAAAAUGAAUCUGGUGAACAGAUGUUAUAAAUUGUGCUUAAAGGCAGAGAUUUUAAGCACCGCCUUCAAAAUUACCUGGUUUGUGUACCCCUGUCAAUCAAGUGCGUUAAAGUACAUCAUUGGGUGCUAGAACUUGAUUGACAUUUACUUACUAGUCCGUGUGUAUACCCUGUACACCUUGUUUGACACUCGUGGUGUCCUUCAAAUUAACUUUUGAUUCUUUGAUAUUUACCACACAUGGUAUAAACAGUAGAGAAUCUGUAUUACUAUGGAAUUUUAAGCUUGAUAAUAUAUGUACAUACACACCUUGAAUAUUUGAAAUAAUUAUAUUCUUUAUGAUAAUAUAUAUGAAAGUUUGAUAUAACUUUUUUUUCGAAGUUCAACAAAUACUUUGAAUAAUAAUAUUGUUUUUUAAUUGGUGGGAAUAC